GUUCCCUCCUCCUCCCGGUGCCUCUUUCUCCGCCCUGCUCCCCCCCAAACACACUCGCACACGGGCUCUCAAGGUGUUCUCCGCACAGCGGAAGAUGGCGACAGACUGAGGGGGCAUGGCCAGCGGGAGCCACGGGGCCAUGCCUUUGGGCGGCCGCCACAGCGGUGCGAAGCAGAGGCGGAAGCGAGAGGCGCACUAAGUAAAGCCCGGCGUCCGCGUCCGGCGUCUGUGGCGCUGCGGGGAGCCAGGUGGCCCGCCCGAGCCGGAACUCCGGGAGCCGCCGGUGCAGAGCCAGAGCAGAGCCGGCCCGGGACCGGCCCCGGCGGACGGCCAGAGCACGAGCGAAGCCCGAAGGGCCGCCAGCGGACCGGCCGGCCGGCCUAGGAGAGCGCGAGCGAGGCAGGGAGCUGCACGGAGCGGGCAACGGGCAGCGGGCAGACGGGCGGGAGAGGAGCGGCGCGGGCGAGGGGAGCGGAGUGGAGCGGAGCGGAGCGCGGCGGGGCCCGCACGGCGGCGCUGAGGGGCGCAGAGCCGCGCUCAGCCGAGACGGCCGGAACAGAGUGCGAGCCGGGGGGCCGGUGGCACGGAGUGAAGUGGCACGGAGCCCAGGGCAGCUGAGGGGCCCGACACUAUGAGGAGUGCGGCGCCGCCGCCGCAGCCGCCACCGCCCCAGUGCCCCGCACCGCCCCCCGCCGGGACGCCGGGCUGCGCCUAGCGGGCCGGGCGGCGGCGCCCCGGCUGCCAGCGAGGGAGCGCAGGAGGGGCGCAGGGACGGCUCGAGAGCGCCCCGCGACUCCGGCCUGAACGGGGGGGGGGGCUUCCCCCCGGGCCGGCUGGCCUGCCUCGCCAUGCAGCCCCCGAGGUAGAGCCUGGACGGCGCGGAGGAGCGCGGAGCGGAGCGCAGCCCGCCCUCCUGAGACGGCCGUCUGGCCUCGCGCCUGCCUACUCCCUCCAGCCCGGACCCCCCUGAAAUAUGUUCAGGGGCGCUUGGAUGUGGCCCGGGAAAGACGCCGCCGCGCUGACUAUCUGCUGCUGCUGCUGCUGCUGGGCUCCCAGGCCGAGCGACAAACCUUGCGCCGAUUCUGAGCGGGCGCAGCGAUGGCGACUGUCCCUGGCGUCCCUGCUCUUCUUCACCGUGCUGCUCGCUGACCAUCUGUGGCUGUGUGCGGGGGCCCGGCCCCGGGCCAGGGAGCUGAGCAGCGCCGUGCGGCCGCCCUGGGGGGCCGGGCGCGAGCGGCAGCGGGUGCCUCCCCGCGCGGUGCUGCCGCCGCCGUCGCCCGGCGAGUCCAGCGCGUCCUCGGGCACCUGCGGCCCGCGAUACAGCAACCUGACCAAAGCCGCCCCCGCCGUCGCCGGCCCCGGGCCGGUCUGCGGCGGCGUCCCAGAGCCCACGGGGCUGGACGCAGCUUGCACCAAAUUGGAAUCUUUGCAGAGACUUUUUGAACCGACCACCCCAGCUCCCCCUCUGCGGCCCCCUGACUCCCCUUCCCGUAACCCGGAGUUCCCCUCCGCCAAAAAAAACUUGCUCAAAGGCCACUUUCGGAACUUCACUCUCUCCUUUUGCGACACCUACACAGUCUGGGACUUGCUGCUUGGCAUGGACCGCCCAGACAGCCUGGACUGCAGUCUGGACACCCUGCUGGGGGACCUGCUGGCCGUAAUGGCCAGCCCGGGCUCCGGGACCUGGGAGGCAUGUAGCAACUGCAUAGAGGCAUACCAACGACUGGACCGACAUGCUCAGGAAAAAUAUGAUGAGUUCGACCUCGUGCUGCAUAAAUACUUGCAGGCAGAAGAGUACUCUAUCCGGUCCUGCACGAAAGGCUGCAAGGCUGUCUACAAGGCCUGGCUGUGCUCGGAAUACUUCAGUGUGACCCAGCAGGAAUGCCAGCACUGGGUGCCCUGCAAGCAGUACUGCCUGGAGGUGCAGACCCUGUGCCCCUUUAUCCUCCCUGACAAUGAAGAAAUGGUGUAUGGAGGCCUCCCUGGCUUUAUCUGUACAGGGUUGCUGGAUACUUCACCAAAGCGGCCGGAAACCAAGUGUUGUGACGUGCAGUGGGUCUCCUGUGAGUCGGAGAAGAAGAAGUUCAAGGACUCUGAGCCCCCCAAAACCCACCACCAGCAAUUCCACCAUUCCUAUUUCCACCACUACCAACAGUACCAACACUACCACCCCCGCCAUGAACCCCCGAGCCGUGUCAGCAACAAGCCCUCCCUGCUGCCGGUCUCUGGGGGCUCGUGCCUCAGUCCCAGCAGGAUCCGGCUCUGUGUCCUUGUUCUUAUGCUCCUCCAUACCGUAGUGUCCUUCUCCAGCAGCCAGGGUGGUGGGGGACUGGGGUUGGAGACACUGCCUGCCCUAGAGAAGGGCCUGACACAGGAAGAGUGAUAUCAGGGAGGGAAGACAAACCUCCACCACACACUGAUGUCAGCUCCAGCCCUGCCUGCUCCAGGUGGGGUGGGGAAAGGUAGGACCCAGUGGGGGGUGGGAGAGACGCGGGGAGGGGGGACCAGAUACUGCCCCCAAUCUACCCCUUCCCUAAAAGCAGCUCCAACAGAAUGGCCAGAGGGCCCACAAGGAGCUGCCAAACUCACCCAGGAGAAAAAGGUAGGAGCAGCAGGUGUCCCCUCCCAAGCCCCAUAGAUGGGGCUUAGUAAAAAAAACGGGGAGAGUGGGGGCUGGAAUUGCCCGCUCCUGCCAAGAGCCCUGACCCCAGGGAAGGAGGCUGCUUGCUCAGCCUCAGCCCUUCAGGGAAUGUUGGGGGGCACAGAGGGGAGUAGUUCUCCCCCCCUCCGCAUUCCUUUCCUUGCCAAGAUCCUUAAUUCCCUCCUGCCCAUACCCCUACAGGUGACGGCAGACAGUGUGCUUGCCCUCCUGCCGCUUGAGCACACCCUGAGUCGGGGGCGUCACAGGAGAAGCGUCCAAUUGGAGGAUGAGGCCCACAGGGCUGCAGCUAGGAAGGUGGCCCGGUUAAGCCGCCCCCACCACCCUUGGCAAUGAGGGCUUGGAAGUGGGUGGUGAAAGGGAAGAAGAGAGGGGAGAGGUAGACAGAGCACGAGGAGAUGGUUGGACUCCUGCUACCUGGCUUCGGGGAGGUGGCGGUUAGUGUUGAGGCAGGCUUAAGAACGGCCCCUCAAAUCAGAAUGAGGUGCAUAAGGAGACCCCUGGGGAAAGAGCCCAGGAGCCAAAAUCCAGAAGGCUGAGGGCACAUGGUUGGACUGCCGCUGUCUGGAGGGCCAUAUCUUACAGAAGGUGCACACACUCCCUAGGGCUGCUCUCGCCCUGGAAAUCUUGGCCUUGUGGCCACAGACCUUUCAUUUCCAAUCUCCACAGGGAGGAGGGACUUGAGCCCAAGUGCGUCAGGCCUGGCCUGGGUCCCGACACUCCCCCAUCUUGUCCUAGCCCAGGCCUCCAUGAAGGAGAACCUGGUGGUGUUGCCCCCAGAGCUCUCCAGAGAUGAGCCUCCCCUAGCCCCACCCUGUGCCCAUCCCCAGCCUACCAAAGAGUAUUCCUCCCUUCCCAUCCCUGACCUGGUGGCCUAUUGUCCCACUGAGGGACGGCUAGACUCCUCACCCUUUAGCGGGCCCCUUUCUCUAGCCACCCCUUGCCCUUGCUGGACAAAGUUCAGAGACUGGCAAGAGGACUUUACGUGGAGCUAAUACGCUGCUGACGACUGUUGGCUAAGAAAGUUGUUUAGUUGGGCUAGAGCGAGAUGAGGCUUGGGAGCCUUUGGCCUUGCACUGAUCUGCUGGGGAAAAGGGAGUCCAUGAUGCCCUGGCAUCUAAAAACCAAUGAAAGCUGACCAGAACAGGAGGCAGAUUCUUUGUGGGGCAGGCCAGGGGUUUUCAGAGAUCAAAAGGAUGAGUAAGGAAGACAGUCCUGGAGCAGCGUUACAGAGAAACAGGUGAGGGCAAGGGAAGGAGGAGCUGCACCUUGCCAGCUUUAGAAUGAAUGGAAGCCUCCCUAAUAGAUUGGGGUUCCUUCAUUCAAGGGUGUGGUUGGAUCCCAAAUCAGCUUCAUGAGCCUAUGGAGCCCUCCUCUGCCAGUUUACUCAUAUCUCACAGCCUGUCCUCUGCCUGGACCCUGUGUCCUCCAUCUUUGGGCCCUCAGCACUUCGGGCCUGGCCACAUUACCCCAUCCCUAGAGUGCUCUUUUCAGCUGGGGAGGGUAAGAGGUGCUGGACCCUUCCCAGAUGUGCUUAUGUAUACGUGAAAGGCGGGGGCUUGAGCUCCAGAGAGGACCCAGUACUCCCUUGUCACUCCUGCAUCCUCAGGAGGGGACACGGGACUGGGCAGCAAAGGGGGACAAUAUAGUCCCAGGGAAAAGGCCCCUUGGAGACUCUCAUCCUCUCUUCCCCCUCACCAAGUGCCCUGGAGACCCCUGGCUCAGACCAGCCCAAGGCCUUGCCCAGUGGCAGGGGAAAGGGGCACCACACUCCACCUCAAAGUCAUUUGACUGUCCCCACCUCCCCCACCCCCUGAUCUUCCGCCACCUCCCCAGCUGCACCCUGCCCUCCGUCACAGGAAGCAGAGCUGGGCAGCUUUCUUACGCCAUUUUCUACACUGUGCUUCAUGCGUAGGACUUUCUUGCACUAGUUCCUAUGACUGAGUCCCCAAGCUGGUUCCCUAGUAGUCUCCCACCUCUUGCUCCUCUCCCUGGCUCUAGUUCAGUUGUCUCUGCCCUCUCUCUUUUCCCUGCCUCUGUGUUCCAGUGAGAGUGUCUGUGUGUGUACUGCUUUCUGUUUCGUUGCAGUGUGGGGCAGGGAGCUCCCUGCUCUUCUUGAACCCCUUAAAGAAAUAAAUGGUCAAACUUGA